AUGGAUCAGGCAUUAUUUGCGAUAGUGAUUCCGAAGCUUGCAAGGAACAUGCACUUUCUGGGGAUUUUGUAUGCCACUAUAAUUUAUUAUUACCGAGGCGAUGUGGCAGACAAUACUACAUCGGGCAUCAAAGACCUUCCAGCGGAUUCAAUCUUGAGCCAUUAUGAUUUCGUAAUCAUCGGCGGUGGAACGGCAGGUGCGGUGCUGGCGAGUAGACUAAGUGAACAUGAUUAUUGGAAUGUACUACUUAUAGAAGCCGGUGGACACGAAACGACAUUAUCAGAAGUGCCUAUGUUGGCUGCCCACCAGCAACUCUCCGAUAUUGACUGGAAAUACAAAAUUGAAUCUCAAGAUACAGCGUGUUUGGCUAUGAAUGAAAAAAGGUGUAGGUGGUCUCGGGGCAAGGUUUUAGGUGGGUCCAGCGCAAUAAACAAUAUGUUGUAUGCACGUGGAAACCCAUUAGACUUUGAAGACUGGACGAAACAUGGUCAUCUUCAAGGUUGGGGGUACAAUGACGUGCUCCCAUAUUUUAAAAAAUCUGAGGACAACAAAGACCCGUCCUUAGCGGAUACUACAUACCAUUCGGCUGGCGGCUAUCUGACGGUGUCGAAUGCGUCGGCCAAUACCCCACUAGCCGAAGCGUUCAUGGAGGCCGUACAAGAAAUGGGAUACGAUGUACACGAUAUCAAUGGCCAACGUCAAACGGGUUUUAUGAUACCACAGGGAACUAUUAGAAACGGUUCAAGGUGCAGUACGGCUAAGGCAUUUUUGAGACCAGCGAGGCUGCGAAAAAAUCUGCAUGUGAUCCUUAACACGCAAGUCACACGCAUUGUCAUUAAUAAUGAAACAAACUAUGCGACCGGUGUCGAACUGUUCAAAAAUAACACUAGGUAUUACGUUGGGGUGGAAAAAGAAGUGUUGCUGUCGGCGGGCCCUAUCAAUUCUCCACAGCUCCUUAUGUUAUCGGGCAUAGGUCCGGAAAAACAUCUGAAAGAAAUGGGUAUACCAGUUAUUUACAAUUCAAGCCACGUAGGAAAAAAUCUACAAGACCACAUCGGACUUGGCGGACUGAUGUUCUUGACCAACCAACAGGUGUCACUAACGCAUAACAGAACGGAAACCGCCAAUGCGGUAUACAACUAUGCAGCGGAACGCAAUGGGGUACUAACGAUUAUGGGUGGUGUUGAAGGAUUAGCCUUUAUUAAUUCAAGACCCGGCGGCAAUCUAUCAAAAGAACAACCAGACAUUGGGUUGAACUUAGUGUCUGGUUCCACCGUUACUGGUCUUAAUGGAUUCAAAACGUGGAAAACUCACGGGCUAAAAGAAUUGUAUUAUGAUACCAUGUAUAAAUCGAUUCUUUACAAAGACGUUUGGUCUGCUGUACCUAUAUUGUUGAAACCCAAGAGCCGUGGUGAAAUACUGUUGCGGAGUGCCGACCCGUUCGAGUAUCCGAAGAUCGUGGCCAACUACCUGACGGAAAAAGAGGACGUGGACACGCUAGUUAGGGGCAUUAAGUUUGCUUUGGAUUUGGCCGAGACAGACCCUCUCCGCCAGUUCGAAAGCCGUCUGCAUGACGUACUGUUCCCCGUUUGUAGUGCCGUGGUGCGACACUCACACGACUUCUGGGAAUGCAUGGUUCGCCACUACACCGUGUCCUUAAACAACCAGGCGGGUACAGCUAAAAUGGGUUUCAAAUGGGACAAGACCGCAGUGGUGGACCCAAAGCUCAACGUGUUUGGCGUCUCCGGGCUCCGGGUGGUGGAUGCGUCUGUCCUACCAACGCUGGUCUCCGCCAACAGCAACGCAGUCGUCAUUAUGAUCGCGGAGAAGGCUGCAGAUAUGAUCAAGGCUGCAUGGCGCCAUGAGCCCGCGGUCCACAAUAAGAUAGUCUCAACGAAAGCGAAAAUAAUAAACGAUCCAUUCAUUAUUUAUUAA